GCGGUUCUCACGUACAUACAGGAGGAUUUGGAUCAAUAAUCGGCCGAAGUCUUAACAGACGACAAGUUGACAACUGCCAUGAAUGCUGUUCUACUGACCUUUGCAAUGCUCAGCUGUGUAGUCAUGAAAAGCCUUCAGCAUGUGUUGAUGAAGAAACCAUUGAUUGUGCACAGAUGAAUACUUUAAUUGACCUCUGCAAAGACAUUCAUCAUGCAAAGAACAUAUGUCCCAAGUUCUGUGGGCUUUGUUCACUCGUUGACGGAAAUUGGUCCGGAUGGACUACGUGGGGGACGUGUGACGUCACAUGUAGCAAUGGCACACGUAUUCGCACUAGAAUUUGUUCAAAUCCUGCACCUCAAAAUAGCGGAUUAGACUGCCAAGGUCAAAAUACGGAUCAAAAAUCGUGUUUCAAAGACGUUUGUCCAACACAGGGUGGAUGGAGCACGUGGUCUGAUUGGAGCACAUGCUCAGCAACAUGCGAUGUUGGCAUAUCUAGACGCGAGAGAAGCUGUUCCAAUCCCUACCCGAGCAAGUUUGGGGAUCAUUGCUUCGGGUUAAACGUUGAUGACCGUUUGUGUAUGCCAGGCCAAUGUGCUGACGGGGGAUGGACAUCUUGGGAGACUUGGGGAGUGUGUAGUGUAACAUGUGGGUUAGGUAUUCGCUCACGAGCCAGAUGGUGUAGAAAUCCAGAGCCGUCCCCUUACGGUAGAGAUUGUCAAGGUGUUCCCCAGGAAGUUGAAACAUGUCAUGACCGCAAUUGCAAAACAAUGACAGAUUGUUAUGAUAUAAUAAACUACGACAGAAUGGCAACAAGUGGUAUAUAUGAUAUAAUUACAUGGAAGACACAUAGUCCAAUUAGUGUGUAUUGUGACAUGACAACGGACGGCGGCAGAUGGACAGUAUUUCAAUAUAGGUUCAAUGGAUCUGAAGACUUUUUCAGGAACUUUAGUGAUUACGAGAAUGGUUUUGGUAAAUUGGAUGGCGAAUUUUGGCUUGGUUUGAUGUACAUUCAAGAACUGGCUGACCAAGGAGACACAGAACUGCGUGUGGAUUUAGAAGCAGCAAAUGGAGAUAAGGCAUAUGAAACACUCGUUCACUUUUCACUUUCGGCAAGACCACCGUAUACUCUGCACGUCGGUUCAGUAAUAAAAUCUCAGGGAAGUAGGUUUCUAAUACUAUAUGAGAAAAAAAAACAACAGCAAAGACAAAAAGUUAUGACAAUGUAAUACAAAAUUACGAAAUCAAUUUUCGAUUAUCUUGACAUUUUGGAGGAAUUUCUCAAUAAUCGUCCGUCAGUUAAGUAAGUAAUUCCAUGCUGCAUGUACUGAACAAUCGCUAACCACAGUGUUUUCAGAAUUCACUCACACUAACACGCACAAUUGUCAGUGUCUGGAGAGCUGGUGUGGCUGCACACAAUGGACUGCCAUUUUCUACAUUCGACCACGAUGUGAACCGUAAUGCGAGCAACUGUGCAUUAGAUUGGCAUGGUGCAUGGUGGUACAAUGCUUGUUAUUCCGCCAAUCUCAACGGGCAGUACCUGAACCCAGACACCUACAGUCUAAAGGGUAUGGUGCAUUUGGCAUUUAAAGGCUACUAUACUCUGAAAUCAACAAAAUUGAUGAUCAGACGUAAUUAGAAUCCAAAUGCGUUUAACUGUAUGA